AUCUCUGUAUCUAGCUCCUUUUAAUUUUCUGCAUGAGAUGAGGAAUCCUUGCCGCGAUGUCGAUAAGCAAGCAACCAACAGGGGAGCCUGGUCGAAGGAGGAGGACCAGAAGCUGAUCGACUACAUCACCCUCCAUGGCGAAGUCUCCUGGCGUUCACUCCCCAAGGCCGCAGGACUGCUUCGGUGCGGCAAGAGUUGCAGACUGCGGUGGAUCAACUACCUUCGGCCAGACGUCAAGCGGGGGAACUUCCAGGAGGACGAAGAAGAUCUCAUCAUCAAGCUCCACGCAUUACUCGGGAACCGGUGGUCGUUGAUAGCUGGGAGGUUGCCGGGGAGGACGGACAACGAGGUGAAGAACUAUUGGAACUCGCAUCUGAGGAAGAAGCUGAGAGGGAUGGGCAUCGACCCUGACCGCCAACGGGGGAUGUCGGCGCUGGCGCGGCGCCACCGGACGGCGUGGGAGAGGUCGAACGAUGGCGACGACACGGCGGGUAGCACGGUGGUAGUGACGAAUUAUGAGGAAGCGGAUCAGUGCAGUAACGGUGUGCCUGAUCUCAACCUUGACCUUACAAUCUCCAUGGGUUGGGACCAGAAGAGACCAGGAAGAAUACCUGAUGAAUCGAUGAUCAAUGACAGUGCUCAAGCGCUUGAUCAUGGAGACUACUCCACUUCUGCCAAGCCCACGCUGCUCUUAUUCCGAUGACAUAAUUAUAUAUCGGAGCAAAGGUGAAGCUACCCGGAGUACUUUCAUUUGUGGGCUUUAAGGGAUAAUGUACCAGUGAGAAAGCACAUGUGAAUUAAUCUCACCUGAUGGUGACUUAAUUAAGCUCAAUUUGGGUAAAUUUUUAUACAUAAUAUGAUUCAUCAAAA